UAGCUGCGGUUCGCUCAACCUUUGGACGUAUAGAAUAACGCCACGUGUUUUUCCUUAAUCGACUUGUCGUCCCCCCCCUCUCUCUCUCUCUUUAAAGACUUUUGGAUAUUGGCAACAUUGAUCCGAGUGCUAACCCAACUCGCCGUGCCAACCAAUAUUCCUCCAUACACCCACACCUUCUUUUCUUCCUUCUUACUUUCCAUGUCUUUAAACUUGCACACCACAUGCUCGAUAAAUUGCCCAACUGAAAAAAGUAGAGCCCAACCAAUUUAAAACUCAACAACUCUCUCUACUCCUACUUCUAAUUUUCUUCACUUCCUGAUAUUCCAAACUCAACUCAAACCCAAAAUGGAACGCUAUGAGAUACUCAAGGAUAUUGGGUCUGGGAAUUUUGGUGUUGCUAAACUUGUGAGAGAUAAAUGGAGUGGGGAGCUUUAUGCUGUCAAGUAUAUUGAGAGGGGCCAAAAGAUCGAUGAGCAUGUCCAGAGGGAGAUAACGAAUCACAGGUCUUUGAAGCAUCCCAAUAUCAUAAGAUUUAAAGAGGUUCUACUCACUCCCACGCAUCUGGCCAUUGUCAUGGAAUAUGCAGCUGGGGGAGAACUUUUUGAGAGAAUAUGCAACGCCGGAAGAUUCAGUGAAGAUGAGGCAAGAUAUUUUUUUCAGCAACUGAUUUCAGGAGUCAGCUACUGCCAUUCAAUGCAAAUUUGCCACAGGGAUCUUAAGCUAGAGAACACACUUCUAGAUGGAAGCUCAGCCCCACGGCUCAAAAUUUGCGACUUUGGCUAUUCCAAGUCAUCAGUGUUGCAUUCCCAACCAAAAUCUACCGUUGGAACCCCAGCCUACAUUGCACCAGAAGUUUUGUCUAGAAGAGAAUACGAUGGGAAGAUUGCAGAUGUUUGGUCUUGUGGGGUCACUUUAUAUGUGAUGCUGGUUGGAGCGUAUCCUUUUGAAGAUCCUGAAGAUCCCAAAAACUUCAGAAAGACGCUCCAGAGGAUUCUUAAUGUCCAUUACUCAAUACCACACUAUGUAAGAAUUUCAUUGGAAUGCAAGCACCUUCUAUCUCGAAUAUUUGUAGCAGAUCCAGAGACGAGAAUAACAAUCCCAGAAAUCAAGAAGCACCCAUGGUUCUUGAAGAACUUGCCAGUAGAGUUCACAGAUGAAGGGUUGGAAGGGAUGCAGAGUAAUGGAGAAAAUGAGGCAACCCAGAGUAUUGAAGAGAUCCUGUCCAUAAUUCACGAGGCUAGAAAGCCUGGGGAGGGGCUCAUAGUUGGAGGGCAAGGGCAAUUUGUUGGGGGCAGCUUGGACAUGGAUGACUUGGACACAGAUCUUGAUAUCGAUGAUUUGGAGACAAGUGGUGACUUUGUUUGUGCCUUGGAGUGCUAGUCAUUGUCAGGAAGGCCGGGCCAACUUUUUGGCCAAACAAAAUAAAAUUAGAAUUAAUGGUUGGGUUGGGGAAUCAAAUUCUCUUAUUUAGUGGGAUGAUGGUGUGUACGUAUUGCUGUUCGUGGGAGGUUUCUAUCUGUCUCUUUGAGAUUGUGCAGAGUCCAUUAGAAACACUGUAAAUUUUUAUAGCAGCUUUAAUAAUGCCGUUGUUAACCUCUCCUUUAUUCA